AUCAGUUCACUGUCAGACAGCUGCUUUUUAGAGGCAUUUCGUAUCGCGUGAAGCUCCACGACAUGAAGUGAUAAAGUCCCCCUAGAUUUUUUACGCACAAAUGUUGUUAUUUGCACCAAGGCAACUAAUUGCAAUACACAGAGAUUCUCUCGCACUGGCGUGUAACGUGAUGCAGUAGUUUCCGUAAAUGGUCUUUACUCGAUGGCGACAGUUCGGUGGUACUGAGCCGCAUGAGGUCCAGCUCGUGCUCCUCAGCAGGAACAGUUUACUUCACGAGCCACUUGACAGCCAUCUAUUUGAGUAGUUUUUACUUUUUGUUCAGUGGCGGGACUGUAAAAAUCUCAUUUCCAUGCGUCUGACUUUCGCGGAUACUACAAUUUCUCCAGAAGAAUGACUUCAGUGUGGAAAAGAUUACAAAGAGUUGGCAAAAAGGCCACUAAAUUUCAGUUCGUGGCUUCGUAUCAAGAACUUGUUCUGGAAUGCACAAAGAAAUGGCAACCAGACAAACUGAGAGUGGUGUGGACACGGAGGAACAGACGCAUUUGCUCAAAGCUUCAUGCAUGGCAGCCAGGCAUCAAAAACCCCUACAGGGGAAUGGUGGUAUGGCCCGUACCUGAGAACGUGGACAUUACCGUCACUCUCUACAGGGACCCACAUGCGGAUGAGUUUGAAGAUAAAGAGUGGACAUUUUUCAUUGAGAAUGAGACAGCGAAGGGCAGUCGCAAAGUUCUGGCGUCUGUGGACUUGAACAUAAAGAAGUUUGCCAGUGCCACACACUCACAGACGGACCUGACGCUCAAAAUGAAGCCUCUGUCAGUUAAGGUGGUAGAGGCCACGCUGAAGCUCUCCUUAUCCUGUGUGUUCCUCAAGGAGGGGAAAGCUACAGAUGAGGACAUGCAGAGUCUCGCGAGUCUGAUGAGUGUAAAGCCGACAGACAUCGGGAACCUAGAUGACUUUAAUCAGAGUGAUGAAGAAGAGGAUAAAAGAUCUAGUACCAGUGUUCAUCUCAGUACUGCAGCUCCAGCACCCCACCUUCCUCUUCGACCAACACACUCCCAAGAAAAGAGACCUGCAUCUCUUAAGAGUCCUUCAGCAAUAGUCAGUGGUAAAGAGAGACCUUCUGGUGGUGUCCUCUCACGCCCAGUGUCUGGCAGUGUUCAUAACCCUAACCUGACAUCACGUCCACCUUUACCCACCCCACCCAGUCCCACCCCUCGCACCAUGCCCUCACCCGCCUGCUCCAGACCACCACGUCCACCACCCAUUGCCCAGCCACAGGCCCCAGCUGACUCCCACACAGAGCAAAAUACUUCUGGUUUGCUCCCUCCAGCACUGCCCAAAAUCUUCCAGCCUUCCCCUGGCUCAGCUCCUGUAUCCUUUCAAAGAAGACUGUCGGGCUCUGAGGCCCCUCUGGAGGGUCCCGUGACCUCUGACUAUCUUCUGCUCAAUCUCCCUCGGGCUUCUCCUUCUGAUCCCUUCCUCUCUCACUCUCCUUCUCCACCCACUAUGCCCCUGAAAGUAUCUACACAGCUAAAUGAGCAGAUGAUGGCGUUUUCUUCAUCUCCCUUCUUCAGCAUUCCUCUAUAUGAAUCUGUGACCCCUGUUCCUUUGCUGAGCAGACCAGAUCUUGAAGCUCUGUGCGAAACAUCUUCCACUUCUAGUCAACUCCCCAAGUCACCUCUACCUCCCUCUGUCACCAUCUCUUACCCCAUUAUCAAACCCCUACCUGCCUCUUUUACCCCAGCAGCUGUCUCUUCCUCUACCCCUUCUCUGGCACUGUCAACCACUGAUGCCCGCACAACUGCCCCCUGCUGUUCAUCUCAAUCUUCUUCUGCUCCUUCAGAGAUACCCAGGGAGCUUACAGAGGAGGAUCGAACAAAUCCGUUUCUACAAGAUUUACUUGCUGAAGAAACGAAGAACUCAGAGCCCAAAACAGACCAGUGUAGCUCAUCUCGGGCUAUAUGCAGCAUUAACAUUGCUACUAAACAAUCUCCUUCCUCGCUCCGUCAACCUGAAACCAUCAGCACUGAAAGAAGAGACCUCAAACCUGCCAUGGCUGUAAAAAGUCUUGGGCCUGUUGGGAAGUCAUCAUUGGACACUUUUGGAGUACCGCCUGUGGAAGCUUCCAGAUCUGAGGAACUGAACAUUGGAACUGUCCCUUCUCCAGACCCAUAUUCAGCUCCUGCAACAACACCACCUCCCUCAUCAGUGGUUUCCACUCAAUUGGAGAAAAAUCAAGUUUUUAUAGCAGAGAAACCACCAUUGGCUGAGGAAGAACCAGAUUUUAAAGUGGUCGAUUUCGAUAAAAGUAUCAUAGCUUAUCAACCCGUUAAAGUUGUUACUAUUGGCAAAUGCCCUGAGAAAGAACCAAUCAAAAUUGACAUUGAACAGCCAGUGCAGGUCAGUCUGGUUCAGACAUUUUCAGUAACUAAUGGUGACUUAAUAAAGCAACCAGAAAACACAAAAAUUGAAUCAGCAGGGGAAGUUUCUCCAAAAGAGGAACCGAAUGUGCAGAAUGCAACGGGUGCUUUGCUUUGUGGUAACCUCAACAAGUCAGACGAAGACAAGAUAAUAAAGAAAUUUGCCUCAGCUUUGGUUAUCCCUACAGAACACAAUAUCCCCAAUAUUUUAUGCAGCUCAUCACUUCUAAAGCAAGAACCUACAGAUCUUCCCAGGGAAAAAAGUCAAGUGUGGGUGGAAAAAGUCCCUGCAUCUAAGCCCACCAGUAAUUUGAGAGAGAAGCAGUCCCAUAAGAAUAAUCUGAAUAAGGGUUUAACAGUUGUGGAAAGUCAAAAUGAAAUGGCCGUAACUCCACCUGAAAGGCCUAGCGUUAGCCUCAAAGCAGCUUCCCCUCAAAUAUCAGAUCUGCCCAAAGAGCUUCCUUUCAUUCCUCCCAAAUCCCUGGAGCCCAAAGUCCUUAAAUGCAUCUCAGAACAAAGUCCAGCAGUCAGUCAAUCACCAAAACCAGAGCUGACUGUGAAGAGUGUGGUGGUCCAUUCACUUGCCCAAGCAGAAGUGCCAACAUGGAGUUCUCUGAAGGAGAAAGUAAAAGAUCAGGGGAAUGAAGCAAGGGAUGAGAAAAUAAAUAAGCACAAAAAACCUGACAAGAUGCCAAAAGAAGAAAAUAAAGCUGAAAUGUCCUCCAAAAAAUCUUUAGAAGCAGGGUCUAGUCAUCCUCAGGAAAAGGAGUCCUCUAAUGUGUCCCCAGAGGCUAAAGGGAGCGAGACGCCAUCUAGGAGCCCAAGUAGCAUGCAGGUUAACGGCCAGACCACUGCAGACGCAUCCCAUGAGAUUGUGCCUCCAAUGCGCAGUAAAAAGAAAAUAAUUCCAUCACCAAUGGACCUUGCAAUAGUAAAAUCAGGUUCAGCAGUGCCGGCAUGUGAUUUUGCCAGUCCACUGCCCAGUCCUGGUUUGGUGACCUCCAGUCAGUCCUUGCUGGAGUGGUGUAAAGAGAUCACUAAAAACUAUAAUGGAGUAAAUAUCACAAACUUCAGCACCUCUUGGCGUAACGGCCUGGCGUUCUGUGCCAUCUUACAUCACUUCCACCCUGAGAUAAUUGAAUUUGAUGCAUUGGAGCCUCACAACAUAAAGCAAAACAACAAAGCUGCUUUUGAUGGUUUUGCAUCACUGGGAAUCUCUCGUCUGCUGGAGCCCUCAGACAUGGUGCUUCUCUCUGUGCCAGAUCGUUUGAUUGUCAUGACGUACUUGUGCCAAAUCCGUACACACUUCACCGGGCAGGAGCUGAGUGUGUUACAGAUAGAGCAGAACAACAGUCAGUCCAGCUAUGCAGUAGCCAGGACAAACCAAGGGCCGGAUGUACAAGCAGCAGCCAAAUUCUGUGCAGAGAGGCUCCAGACUGGAGCUCUGCCAGGAGAGAGUAAGAGCAAGGACUCACUGGGAGAGGAGGGAAGUGACACUGUGGCUAAGCCAAACGGAGGUCUUGUUCCUCCACCUCGGACUAAACGGUCAGGAAAGGUGGAAGAGAAGGGCAGUAAGGAGACAGAGGGAGGCACGCAGACUAUUGUGGUCCCAGCACGAUCGAACUCAACAACUUCUAGAUCAGGAUUCGGGCACAUACGAGAUGCAGAUCUGGUGAAGAAACGGCGGUCGCGACUAAAGAGCGAAUCCAUGGAUGAGACUGAUUCAAAGGAGCAGCCAAAGGAGUCAGAUAAAGUCGAACGGACAGCUGAAGGAACUGAUGACUCAAGCACUGCCAGAGAAAGUGCUGAAACUGAACCUCAGGAAGCAAACCAAGAUGUUAAAUCAGCAGAGAAUGUGACAAUGUGUUUGCAGGACACCAAUCAGUAUGUGUUGAGUGAACUUCAGGCCCUGGAAACUGAACAGAAGCACAUAGACAGCAGAGCUGCAGUCAUGGAGAAAAGACUCAGAAAGCUCAUGGAUACAGGCAAGAAAAACACUCAUGUAGAGAGAAAGAGAGAAUGAAGUUGAUUUCAUUAACUCUUGAAAUGCAGCAUGAUAUACAACAUUAUCUGCUUAACAGGAAGUGAUAAAGAUGAAGAAGAGGAGCUGAUUCAGGAAUGGUUCACGCUGGUCAACAAGAAGAAUGCUCUGAUCAGGAGACAGGACCAUCUGGAGCUGCUGCAAGAAGAGCAGGAUUUAGAAAGAAGAUUUGAGCUGCUGACCCGAGAGCUCAGAGCCAUGAUGGCUGUUGAAGACUGGCAGAAAACUCAGUCCCAUCAGCACAGAGAACAGCUACUGCUUCAGGAACUGGUGUCACUGGUCAACAAGCGGGACGAGCUAGUCAGAGACAUGGAUGCAAAAGAGAGAGGGGCUUUGGAGGAGGAUGAGAGACUGGAGAGAGGCCUGGAGGCAAGACGGAGAAAACAAAGCAAUAAGGAAAAGUGUGUUCUUCAAUGAAGAAACUUGAAUUCUCAAGAAAACUGUGGCUCACUGCACCAGAGACAAUCUAAAUGAUUUGGACUACAUUAGUGUGCCUUCUUUUAACUUUCAGAGACAUUUGGCUUAAAUGUGAAGCCCUUCCUCAAAACAUCUUAAGUGGGAUAUAAUAUAUAAUCUACACAAAGUGGGAUAUAAUGUCCAGUAUAGAUCAGACAAGUUAUUCCCUCAAAGUUUGCACAACAUUGUGAAAGUUUUUCGAGGUUGCAACAGUUAAGUAUUUUAAGCAAUAUAACUUUAAAUCUGAAAAUCUGA